AUGAGCCUAGCUCCACUAUCUCCAGCCGACCAAGACUUUGAGAACUUAUCUCCAGUCGACCAAGACUUUGAGAACUUAUUUGAUAUGGAACAACCUACCAAAAAAGACCGAAAUGCCAUCUUGAAUCAUUUCAAGAAUACGCUUGAUAUCAACAUCCCACCAAAGCCAUACAACACCGCUUUGGAGGCUGCUUCCCACAUAGGUAGUUCAGUAUUGGUGAAACGUUUGCUCGAAGAGAACCCUAAUAGAAAUCCUACAACAAGCGAGCCCGAUCGUUACGGGAACGCUCUCUUGUUGGCAAUCUCGGGAAAGUGUCCCAAGACAGUGAAAUUACUUCUAGACCAUGGUGCGGAUCUGCAGUUCAGAAAAAAGUGCAAGGGAGAGUAUAGGUCCCCACUCGACGUUGCAUUUAAAGAAGGCUACAAGGAGAUAGCGAAAGAGUUAUUCAAGCGUCUUGAAAAACCCCAAUAUAGGGGAACAGAGGUCCACAGGGCACUCUGCAUGGCUUCCGAAAAUGGAAACAGAGACCAAGUCAAGGCGCUACUUCGGAAGGUAACAGACGUGAAUUACCAAGACGAUGCAUACGGCCCUGCCUUGGUACAUGCUGCUCGUGGCGGUAAUACUGAAGUUGUCAAAACUUUACUAAACAACGGUGCAAGGGUGAAUAUGGAGUCUUAUCACUUCGGAAGCCCUCUGACAGCCGCUAUUGAAGAGAGGAAUCCUGAAAUGGUGGAACUAUUGCUUAGAAGCAACGCAAUUGUGGAUCUCUCAGAAACUAAAAAUCCGCUACUGUGUGCCGCGAAGGAGGGAAAUCUUAAGAUCGUAGAAUUACUUAUUGAUCGAGGUGCCCAAGUAAACAUUGAAGGGUAUAAAUACGGCACUCCUCUUUUCGCUGCAGCACUAUAUAAGGAAAAAGAUGUGGCUUUAUACUUACUUGAAAAAGGAGCGAAAGUCGAUAUCGCUAUCAAAGCUGCCCGACGAGGGCACUGGUCUUUACCAGUUCGGGAGGUCGGUGAGCUACUAAAAGCAUGGGAGUCCAGUAAACACAAAAUGAAUUGUGAAGAAGGGCACAGUUCCGGCAAUAGAAGAUCAAAGCGCCUGAGGGAAAUGAGCAGAGUACUUAAGUCGCAGCGCUAG